AUGGGACAGCCACUCGGCAGUGGGGCUGUUGAAUGGUACGAGCGCUUUAAUGGUGCCCGUGCAUGUGCUAGUGACGAGCUUGGCGAUGGUCAAUCUCAGCCCACAGCCUUGGCAGCCAUUCCUAUGGACAUCCAACCAGCGCUUUUCUCCCUUCCCAUCAUCGCCAAGAAGUCGGAGCUUCAACAACACAGCGGUUCAUUUCCUCAAAAAACGGAGUCCCACUUCUGGACGGUGGAACGGAUGACGGACUUUGAGAAUGUCGGCUUUUGCAACACUGUAGAGGGCAUUAAGUACCUCAUUUGCGCAGACUGUGAAAUCGGUCCACUGGGCUACCACGACACCCACUCGGCGGCUGGCGGUCAACCGCUCUUCCACAUCGCUGUCUCUCGUGUCCGGACCCGCGACACUGACCCAUUACCCGGCUAG